AUUUAUUAUAUAAACCCAUCAAUAAAAUCUUGCAAGUAAUCAACAAGAAAGGGAUUGAUUAAUUAUUUAUCAGGAGAAGAAAUUUGAAAAGAUGUGUUGUGGGACAAGAGUGUGUUGUUUCUGCAUGUGUGUGAUAUUGGUGGUGAUGGCGAUUGGGUUUCUCUUCGGAUUUGGGGUUUUCAAGCAUGGCUUCCACAAGUUGGAGAACACAAUCCACAACUCCGGUCCCUCCUCCGCCGCCGCAUACGGUGGCGGGCGUCCCUUCUUUGUUUACAAUGCGCCGCCGCCCUUUUAGGGAUCUUCAGUAAUUCUUUCGAUUUUAUAGUUCUUUUUUUUAAUGGUGGAUUUUUAUAUUAGUUGCUAUGUUUAUGUUAGUGUAGGUUAAUUAUUGUUUUUUCAAAGGGACUAUUGACUAUUUGUUGUUAAUAUGGUGGACUAUUAAUUAUUAU